CCAUGGCGUGUGAAUAAACAAUACUCACGCAACAGACAGAGCUCUCGAACAGCAAAAAUGAAGAAGACACUCUCACUUAUCUUCAUCAUGCUGAUGGUCCUACUGGUUCACGCAGAUCUGAGCAGAGCAACCUCAGGGAACCUCAACCAUAGCUUCACCGCCGAGUGCGGCUCUGGAGACUGCCUCAUCGGCGAUGAAGUCGACGUGGUCGCCGAGUUCCAGAUGAAUUCUCACGCAGCAAGGAUGCUUUACGAUGUCAGCAGGUCUAUCACUGGGAGAACACCGAACCGCGAGCAGGCUUCUGUGGAUUGCCCUCAAACACAAGGAUACCGAACCUGCCUUCCCACUGCAAAUGGAGGCGCUCCGAGACAAAAAUGCGGCGAUUACACUCGGAAUUGCUGA